CACCACGACCACCAGGCAGAAGUGAGUGCAGAAAGAUUAUAGUUUUUUUUGCACAAGAACAAGAACAAAGCACGUGCUGCUUAAGCGUUUUUUUAUGCAUCGAGUGAACUGAGUUUGUUGCAUAUUCGAAGGCCUUCAGAAGAUGAGCGACGACUACGAUUACGAUACCGGUUAUUCCAAGGGCGGAAAAGGCAAGAACAAAGGAGGAAAAUACGGAGGCUAUGGCAAAGGCGGCGGAAAAUAUGCUGGAGGCAGAAAGUAUUUACUUCUCUUACUCUUAAUGAGCUUUUGCUUUUUAUUUUCAUGCUUUGAAAUGCCAUGAGUUUCUAUUAACAGGAUGCUUUGAAAUGCCAGCUUCAACUCUUAGAUUUUCAUCAUCUCUUGCUCUUCUAUCACUUUUGUCUCUCUCAUUCUUAACAAUUACGGCUACGUCAGGAAUGGAGGCUACGACGAUGACGAGCAGUCACCAGUGAACUCCAGAUAUAACAACAACAAAGGAGGCGGCGGCAAGUACAACAACUACGGCGAUAGGCAAGGAGACAGAGAGUACAACAAAGGAGGCGAUAGAGACUACGGCUACCCUCAAAGCUAUUCCCGUGAUAAGGAUCAAGGAGGAUAUGGUGGAUAUGGUGGAGGAAAACAGGGCAAGGAUGGCUACUAUGGAGGUGGUGGAUCGAAGUAUGGAGGAGGGUCAUCAAACAAAGGUGGAGGAAAGGCGGGAAAAUCAUAUCAGGACUCAGGUUAUGGAGGUGGACAGGACUCAGGCUAUGCAGGUGGACCGUCAAGUUGUAAAGAUGGUCCUGUAGGUAGUGGUAGUGGAGGUAGUUACGGAAGGGAUCCUGCUAGUAAGGAAAAUAUUGACCAGUACAACAUCUCUGCUAGUAGUGGGCAGAAGGGUGUUACAAGUAGCAAACAAGACGCGGCUAGUCCAUCCUACAGUAAGAAUGGUCAUGGAACUAAUUCCCCUUCUUUCCAGCCAGAAUCACGGGGCUCACCUCCACGUGGAAACCAGCAGAGCCAGGGACAGCCAUCGAAUUCGUCAUUAAUGAAAACAACGUCAACAGCCUCUACCUCUAGUCAGCCAGCACAACCACAACUCCCCCCACCAGAACCCUAUACCGAAGAAGAGAAGAAAGUACAACUCCGAAAAAUCAAAGCCAUUUUGAACAAACUGAGCCCGCAGAAAUUCGAAUCAUUGUACUAACUAUUUUUCACUUCUUGUUCUUAUUUCAAGUGUAGUAAGUCUUGAGCAGGAGUGUUACACUUACGCAACAACUAGUCGUGAUUGUAUUAAUGCUUAAUAUGCUAAAUGUCGUGUAAACGUGGUUUCGUUGUACACGAGAUCUACUGUCCAGUACCUGUUCAUCUUUCAAGAUCAUCAUUUCAAAAGGUCAAAGCAAAUGCGAGAAGCGGUAAACUGUGAGGAAGACGUGGUCAUGUUCGCGGAUGAGAUCUUCCAAAAGGCAGUAAAACAGCAUUCCUUCUUGGACACUUACACCGACUUGUGUGUCAACUUGAAUGAAUACUGUAUGGCAAAUGGGAUUCAGGGAGUGGUACUUCUUACGGGGAGCUUGUACUAUGUUGACUGAGUCUAUGCAGGAGUAGAGCUUGUCCCUUAUAACUAGUUCUAUCGAGACUGCAUCGAACAACAUAUUCAACAUCUUAAACAUUUAAGUAAGUACAAGUUCAUGUUCUUCUCUUCCAUGAUACAGAUCGAUGUAAACACACAGAUACACCAUCUUUACUCCUAAAUUGCCUCUUUUUUUUGAAUUACAGGCACCCAAGACGUUCCGUUCUAUCCUACUCGGAACGUGCCAAGAGACGUUCGAGAAGUACCUUGAGGCGCCUCAACGCGAGUUCGAAGCCUCAGCAAUGAAAUCAAAGUUGGAAGAAGAGACCGCUUAUAAGAACGCUAUGAAGGGAACGGUUUCCUUUGUAGGAAAACUGAUCUGCAAGGAAAUUCUAGCAGCGAAGAUGAUCAUCCUGUUGUGCCGAAUGUUGUUGGAGGGAAACGACCCAGCGAGAUUGGAGAAUCUUGUGGUAGAAGAACUUGUUUUUUACUUUAGAGUCUAGAGAGUUUAUCUCAACAAGAUAAGAUCAAGGGUCAUUGGUACAACUUGCUCUACAUGAUACACUUUACAGUUUAAUACUUAGCUGUCGUGAAAAAUGUGAUUUCGAUUUGUUGAUCGACUAAGUACCUCGUUUGAAUUACAGCAACACCACACUAUCACUACUCAUCUGCCAACAUGCAAAACUAAAUAAAACAUCCUCGUUAUUUGCACUCAACAACGCAGACCCAAAUAACCCAAACCCAUCCUAUUACUUUUUUCAUCACAAAUCCCCACACUAUGGCCCAAAUAACCCAAACCCAUCCUAUUACACCACACUAUCACUACUCAAUCCUCAGAUCUUCCUCGGCGUUAUCGGACCUCAAUUUGAUACGGAGGAGUGGCCGCAUCACAAAGACCUCAGAGCCAUCUUCUUCCAGCUAAUGGAUUUCGGCCAAAGUACUGACAAUAAGAAAAUCCGAUUCCAAAUCAUGAAUCUUCUGGACACGAGGAAAAACAACUGGACGGAGAUUGUGCCGACGAAGUAG